AUGGCGACGGGUGGCAUCGCGCUCUUGUUAUCGGAACAAACCCAAGCGUACCGGUUCGAGGGCCUGCAGACCAUCGGGAAAGUAUUCUACUGCUUCGACCUCUUCGUAUUCAGCGUCGUCACCUUCUGCAUCCUGUACCGCUUCUUCGCGUUCAAGGGCACGUUUCAAAAGUCGAUAGCCCAUCCGACGGAAGGACUGUUUCUCGGGACGAGCGCACUCUCGCUUGCGUCCAUCAUUUCGUGCAUUGCACGCUAUGGUAUACCAGCAUGUGGCCCCUGGCUCGUAGUCGUCUACCGGAUCCUCUUCUGGGUCUACUUCGCCGUCACCUUCUUCAUCGCGGUGGGGCAGUAUACCCUGCUCUUCACCUCCCCCCUCCUGAACAUCGAAGACAUGACGCCUGCCUGGGACCUGCCCAUCUUCCCCUUCAUGCUGUGCGGCACCAUCGCCGCCGUAGGCGCCGGAGCCCAACCCCCCGGCCAAGCCAUGGCCAUGAUCGUCGCGGGAAUCCUCGCGCAAGGGCUCGGCAUGCUUGUUUCCAUGGGCAUGUAUGCCAUCUUCGUGUGGAGGAUGAUCCAGUACGGCUACCCAUUGCCAAAUUCACGACCAGGCAUGUUCAUUGCCGUCGGCCCGCCGUCUUUCACCUCGGUCGCUCUCAUUGGGCUGGCGGAUGAUUUUCCAAACUACUACAACCACUUCGGCUCCGACGAACUCACGAUCCAGAUCCUCCGCGUCAUGGCCACGAUGACAAGCCUCUUCAUCUGGUCGCUGAGUCUGUGGUUCUUCUGCAUCGCCCUGGCCGCCACUCUGGCCGUGCGGCAGGAGCUCACGUUUCACCUCAACUGGUGGGCCUUUGUGUUUCCCAACGUCGGCUUCACCAUCACAGUCCUGUCCGUGGGCAAGAGCUUGGAGAGUGCGGGGAUCAAGUGGACGGGCACCGUCAUGUCCAUCAUACUCGUUGCCACGUGGAUUUUCGUGUUCUGUAGCCACAUCAGGGCGGUGGUGAGGCGGGAGAUUCUGUACGAGGGUAAAGACGAGGACUUUCAUUUGGUCCAGAGCAAGCAGAAGACGGGCAGGAUGGGGAGGGUUGAUAGCAGGGCCACGCAGCCCGUGCCUAAGCUGGAUUAA